UUGAUCACGUUAGGCACGGUUCCACAUACGCAGGGAAUAGACGUCUGUUUCAUAUUUAUAUAUUUUUUUAAUUGUUUACAUAUAAAUUAUGUUAGAAUAAACAGAAAUUGUUGCAAGGAAGACAGUAAAUUUUCAUCAUGAAGUCCCGACAACUGGUUAUAGCAUUGUGCAUAAGUGUUAUAGCAAGUUCUACGGCGCUUCCCACCCGGAAUGAACUUGUAGUAUUUCGAGAUGACUCUUCAGAAGCCUCUAACCUAAUUAGUGGGAUUUUUGAUGUCCCCACGGAUAUCAAAAUAACAGAGAUGCGCGUACGCUCUGAAAUAGCCCUCCGAUAUGCGUGCACUUCUGUGGUGACUCACGUGCGGAACCCUAAAAAACAGCCUCAGGAGGUUACGUUCCGCAUGCUGCUGCCUGACACUGCCUUCAUCAGUAACUUUACCAUGAUUUUAGGUGGGAAAUCCUACAAAGCGUACGUUAGAGAAAAGUUAGAAGCUCAACAGAUUUACAAUCGAUCGGUAGCGGAGGGGCUUAGCGCUGCUCACGUUGCAACCGAAGCACGAGACUCGAAUCACUUCGUUGUAUCAGUGAAUGUGCAAGGCAACUCCACAGCUGUCUUUGACUUGAGAUACGAAGAAUUUCUGGUCCGGCGUAAUGGUCUAUACAACCAUGCUAUCAAUCUGAAUCCUGGAGGUCCUGUGCAAAAAAUGGAGGUCGUUGUGCGUAUCAAGGAAUCACAAAAGAUCACUAAACUGUUUGUUCCUGAAAUAAGAUCUGGCAACGAGGUUGAUGCGACGGAAAAAGAUACGCAAAACUCUAAAGCAGAGAUUCGUAGAGGUAACAGCAAACGGGAGGUAAUAGUUACUUUUGCUCCUGAUUUGAUAGAACAGGACAGACUUGCUGAAGUUUAUGAGAGAAAAUCCAAAGACAAGAACUCAAUGGAAAAGUUCAUUGGUUAUAGUAGCGAUGAAGACGAGAGCGAUCGUGAAGGUUCAACACUCGGCCAGUUCGUAGUACAAUAUGACGUUGAGCGAUCUAAUAAUGGUGAAGUUUUGGUAAAUGAUGGUUAUUUUGUGCACUUCUUGGCUCCCACGUCGCUGCCGCCUUUAAACAAGUACGUGGUUUUCGUGCUGGAUACUUCUGGCUCCAUGAUGGGCAGGAAAAUCGAUCAGCUGCGAAGCGCAAUGGCGGCCAUCCUCUCCGAUCUCAAUCCAAACGACUAUUUCAAUAUUGUCGAAUUCAACUCCGUCGUUACGGUUCACGAACUAAAGGAGGCGGAUGACGCUCAGUCGGCUUGGUACAGCAAUUCGGCGCUGGUGCCACCAGCUCGCGCAACGCCGGAAAACAUUGAUAAGGCAAAAGUUAUAGUAUCCGAACUUGAUGUUUCUGGAGUUACCGAUAUCCACAGCGCGCUAGAAAUGGCAUUCAACCUUGUAAGACAGGAAAUAGCUCAGGAAGAUAGAAAAGAAUUACCAAAUGGAGACACUGGUCCUAGCGAUACAGACACAAAUGGAAAUGCUGGUCCCAGCGAAACAGAUACAAAUGGAAAUAAUGCUGGUCCCAGCGAUAGAGAUACUAAUGUUGAUGAGGUAGCAAAUAUAGAAAAAGAUUUGGAGCGUAUGGUCAUAUUUCUGACAGACGGCGAUGCCAACGAAGGCGAAACUAGUGCCGCCCGAAUUGUUACUUCAAUUACUAGGAAAAAUUCUGGAGAUAAACGGGCUUCCUUAUACACACUCGCAUUUGGUGAAGAAGCGAACCGCGUCUUCUUGCGUGAGCUAUCGCUUCGCAAUGAAGGCUUCAUGCGACAGAUCUACGUGGCAGCUGACGCGGCACUACAACUGUACGACUUCUACCGACAGGUUUCUUCGCCGCUCCUCUCUCAUGUGCAGUUCCAAUAUCCUCGCAGACAGAUAAAAGAAGGCUCCGUGAGUCGCACUCAGUUCCGCAGCAUCAACGCAGGCUCCGAGGUGGCGGUCGUCGGCCAGAUCGCCGAAGACGUCAACGAGAUCACGCCGACAGUUCGCGGCGUGCGUAGCAGCGGCGAUGGCUCUGGCAGGAAAACUUACAAAUCCAACCCGAGAGUGGCUGUAAACAACACAACAGACGAGCACCUGCCGCUGGAGCGCCUGUGGGCGUACCUCACUAUCAGACAGCUGCUGGAUCAGCACGAGGCUGACCAUAGCUACAGCAACGACGAGAACAGCCCUGGACAGAAGGCUUUGAAUAUAGCUCUCCAGUACGCGUUUGUGACACCCCUGACAUCGUUAGUAGUGGUUAAGCCAGAUGAAAAAGGAGCUAACGAAAUGCGCUCUCGAUACGAAUACGCGCCUCGCUCUCCGCCUAUCAUGGCACCUGUCGUGCCAGAAGCUACUUUGCAUACCUCAAACGAGUACGCCUCAGACGGUUUCAGUGCAUUUCCUAUAUCUGCUGCUCUUGUACCAGGCAAUACAAUGAAAACUUACUCCGUUGAUCGUCAUUUCGUGGGCCCUACUCUUAGAGCUGGAGGAGAAUUACACGCAUGUGACAUUUAG